AUGUUUAUGAUUAGAAAGCAACCAAAUAUGGAGAUCGUAAAUUCAAUUUUCAAUAGCGACUACAAUAACGGGAAGAUUUACAAGAUCGAAUUUGAGAAAUGUGACAAAGCUUAUAUUGGCAGUACAACUGGUGAGCUCAAAACACGGUUGUUGCAGCACCUGACCAAUAAUAAGAGCCCCGUUUAUCAAUAUCGAACACAAAAACCUCAUAUCAGUCUCCUUAUUGUUAAUGCUCCUAGUAAAGGAAAACGAGAAUUGGAAAAAGUAGAGUUCCAAUGGAUAGCCGAAUACAGUGAGAAACUAGGAGAUUGA